CUCAGAGAUAUCUGAAAGCAAAAAAAAAGAAAAAAAAAAACAAUGAACAGCUUCUUCUUCAGUCCGAGUAGAGCAGGCCCGAAGCCAUGGCCGAACAGGAGGAAGCAAACCAACAAACCCGCCAUCUGUCUCUGCUCCCUCUCUCUCCUCGCCAUCCUCUUCCUCUCCGUCUUCUUCUUCAUCACCUACUCCGAGAUUCCCAAAUCCAUCUUCUCGAUCUCCGCCGCCUUCUCCGGAUCCGUCGAGUUCCCACAAUGCAGAUCCGACACCCUGACCCGAACCCUCCUGGGCCAGAGGUUUCUGCUCUACGCUCCGCACAGCGGAUUCAGCAACCAGCUGUCGGAAUUCAAGAACGCUGUCCUGAUGUCCAUGAUCCUGAACCGGACGCUGGUCGUCCCUCCUGUUCUCGAUCACCACGCCGUCGCGCUCGGCAGCUGUCCGAAAUUCAGGGUUUUGAGUCCGAGCGAGGUGCGAGUCUCGGUCUGGAACCAUUCCGUCGAGCUGCUUAGGUCUGGGAGGUACGUUUCGAUGGGUGACGUUGUGGACAUCUCGUCGCUUGUGUCUUCUUCGGCGGUUAGAGUCAUUGACUUGAGGCACUUCGCGUCGCUACUCUGCGGUGUUGACUUGGAGACUCUUUGUGGUGAGUUAGGUGAGCAGUCUCAGGGUUAUGAAUCGUUGAGGCAGUGUGGGUAUUUACUGUCUGGCGUUCGUGGUAAUGUUGAUGGGUGUUUGUAUGGUGUCGAUGAAGAUUGUAGAACCACGGUUUGGACGUAUAGAGAUUCUGAUGGGAGGUUAGACUCGUUCCAGGCGGAUGAGAAGCUUAGGAAGAAGAAGAAGAUUGGUUACGUGAGGAGGCGGAGGGAUGUGGUUAAGGCUCUUGGACGUGGUUCUGAAGCUGAGUCUGCGGCGAUUCUUGCGUUUGGGAGUCUCUUCACGGCUCCGUACAAAGGGUCUGAGCUGUAUGUUGAUAUACGUAAGGAUUCGAGUAGUGUUCCGGAGGUGAAGUCUUUGAUUAAGAAGGUGGAGUUUCUUCCUUUCGUUCGAGAGAUAAUGAGCGCGGGGAAGAGGUUCGCCAAGGGGACGAUUAAGGAACCGUUUCUCUGCGCACAGCUUAGGUUGCUGGAUGGGCAGUUCAAGAAUCACCAGGAGGGUACGUUUACGGGGUUAAAGCAGAAGCUGGAGUCUUUGAGUUUGAAGAAUCCUGGUCCGGUUCAUGUGUUUGUGAUGACGGAUCUUCCUGAAAGCAACUGGACGGGGACUUACUUGGGUGAUUUGUCUAGGAACUCUACCAAGUUCAAGCUCCAUUUCUUAAGGGAAGAAGACGAAGCAGUAGUGCGAACAGAAAAGGAGCUUGCUUCCGCUGGUCACGGUCAGAAAUUCGGGUCUAUUCCGAUGAGUCUGGACAGUAUAAAGAAGAUGAAGAAGCAUUGUUCUCCACAGAAAGUGUCGAAUGUACAACUAUACGUAGAGGAAGCUGUUUGCAGCUGUGCUUCACUGGGGUUCGUUGGCACUGCAGGGUCCACUAUAGCUGAUAGUGUGGAGAUGAUGAGGAAGUUCAAUGCUUGUAGUAGUUGAAACUCAGAGACUGCAUUUCUGUGAAUUCUUGUUUCGGUUCGUACUAGCCAAAGCUUUCAGUGUUGAUCUGGAGUGAUGAUAGAUGAAAGAUUUGGUAAAAGUUUUGCCGGUCGGAUAGAGAUAAGAUGUGUUAAUCAUCUGUCUCCUCCACUUUGAGAGGUUUGGCUGAUGAAAAUAUGCUUUGUGUUGGAUCGUUUUGUAUGGUUUGGUUAUAUAGUAAAUUGUCUUGGUUUUUAAAUAUGAAAACAAUAAAAAGCCACUUGGCUUGUUUUGGUUUAGGCUUUUGUGAGUCGUUUGUUUGUAGUGAAUGAAUCAAAUCCAUUAUAGUGAAGUUUCACUAAGA